GGGUCUCGCGGUGGCUGCACGACACCAGCGCUGGUGGAGGCGGAGGUGGCCGCGGAUCCUGGAAGAAGAGCCUCGGUGACUCGGGAGCGUCAUGUCCGAGCCGCAGCCGCGGAGCGCCCAGCGCGACCUCUACCGGGACACGUGGGUGCGAUACCUGGGCUAUGCCAAUGAGGUGGGGGAGGCUUUCCGAUCCCUGGUGCCUGCUGCUGUGGUGUGGCUCAGCUACGGCGUGUCGGGCUCCUACGUGGUGGCUGAUGCCAUUGACAAAGGCAAGAAGGCCGGAGAGCAGAUGCCGAGCCCCGCGGCAGACCGCAGCACCAGGAUGACGGUGGCUGUGGUGGACACCUUUGUGUGGCAGGCUCUGGCCUCUGUGGCCAUCCCAGGCUUUACUAUCAACCGCGUGUGUGCCGCCUCCCUCUAUGUUCUGGGCACUGCCACCCGCUGGCCCGUGGCUGUCCGCAAGUGGACCACCACCGUGCUUGGACUGCUGACCAUCCCUGUCAUCAUCCACCCCAUCGACAGGUCAGUGGACUUUCUCCUAGAUUCCAGCCUGCGCAAACUCUACCCAUCAGUAGGCAAGCCCAGCUCUUCCUGACCCUGCCCUGGUGCCUGGCCCGUGGGCUGGCCCAUUCCUACAAGGGAAUGUGGAUGCUGGCUUCCCUGGGUCUGUGGCCCUGGCAUCUGACUUGACUGGGUCUGAACCAGAUGGAAGGUCUCAAGGAGUGGCCGCUGCAGCAAGUCCCAGAGGCGGAAGCUGACUGCUGGCUGCUUUGGCAGCAGACUUGAGCCCAGCUGGGCCGGUGUGGGCCCUGGGUGAGCUUGACUUUGAUGGGACACCUAACGUCCUCCCAUGGAGGAUGGGGAGACUGACGCCCAGAGAAGACAAUAUGCCCAAGAUCACGUGGCAAGCGGGAUAUCUGGAUGUUACCAGCUGCCAUUGUGGCUUAGUUACUGGGAGAAGAAGCACAACAUUUGGGACAUCUUGGGACAGAUUCUCUGGCUAGCCCAUCCCUGCUGCAGGAGCUCCUGGGGCCUGGCUGACAGGCGGGUCAGCCACGAGCCUGCUGAUGGUCCAAUAAAUCCUUAAGAAGCUGUA